GGUCGGACAAUCCUACUAACCUACUUUACUUCAAAUUUGAGCCCAAAUGAUAAACGUUGCAGUCGUCCAAAUCGCAUCGAAUUUCGCCGCGCAAUUUGCCGCGCGCAUCCUCGGACGCACCAUUCAUUGACGGCUCCAAAAUUCAUGCAUCGACCGGAAACGUCGCAUUUAGAUUGCCGUAGAUUAUUCCUCAAUGACCAUCACUACAUGGCUGAAGUAGGGCGCUCACGAAUUGCGUUGAUUGAGAGCACCGUACUGGAUAUGGAUUGCGAGUCUGUUCGGUUGAGGGUUCUGCCACGCUUCCCAUUGCCGACAACAGGUUACGGAAUUGCCUUCGCUAGGAUCGUUCAUACAGAUUACGAAUUCGUUGAAGAACAGCUUCGUGUCAACUUCUCCCCUGAAAACCACUACUGCUAUCAUGUCGACUCUAAGUCACCCGCUGUUUUCAAAGAACGCAUGGCAAAACUAUCGUCGUGCUUGCCUAACGUGUAUCUGACUAAAGAUUAUUUGGAUGUCGAUGGAGCAACAGGCAGAAAUGUCAAUUUCGCUCAUAUGGCCUGUCUGAAAAUACUCGAAACGAAAGAUGCUUGGCAAUAUGUUAUUCCUCAACAGGUUGGAGAUCAACCUAUCAUCAAAAAAAUGACAGCGGACGAAAUGCUGAUGAGCUCCUUGCAAAUUCCAGACGAAUGGGAAAUGCCAGGACGAUUCACUAAACAGUGUUUUAUGAAUAACUCUGUUUCCUACAAAGGCAUCACGAGGCGAAAGGACAGCGAGUGCAAAGCAGGAUUUCUUCGACAUGAAGUCUGCGUGCAAGGCGUUGAGAAUCUUCCCUCCAUUUCAUGGUAUUUUAUACGAAAUAUGUUUCAGAUGAUGCCGUCUUUUGACUACGGGGCGAUUGCAUGUGUUUCGGAACUUUUGUUCAAUCGAACAUAUCUUGGACAAAACGACCAUCCACUUAAUAUGACUGUCUACGAAAACUUGCCUACAGUGCAAAACAAAUUCUUUUUCAGGUACGAUUUCACAAUGGCUUCAACGACACCAAUCUUCUAUGUCAGGACUUACAACAACUACGAAAAUAAAGUUCAUAAAAACCAAUGA